GUCAUUAAAGUGAUCAAAACAGACUAAGUGUUCCCACCUGUGGACAGGUAAGAGGGGGAGGGCAAGGAAUUAAAGCCAACCCACAUGCAGAUCAGACUUUACAGCUUGGCUUUUGUCUCUCAUUUCUAUUCGACCCUGAAUACGACUGUGCCAAAGUUCAGCGCUCACAACUCAGGACAAUAGAAAGAAAGAAGACACUGAACUAGAUGUUCUCUGGCAGCUUCAUCUUACAGAUUGUGUGUGACACGCCUGAGACAGGUGAAGGCCCUGAGACGAUUCAACAGUGCAGCUGGAUUCCUAACAUUGGCAAUGCCAUACUGAGACCUUAAAAGUCACUAUCAGUUUUAAUUGACCCAGAACAACAUGGUGACCAGGAAGGCCGAGUUCCAGCGAAGGAUUGUGUCCAAAGACGGCCACAACAAUGUGCGGAUCGACAACGUGGAGGGCAUGGUGAAGCUGUACCUGCACGACAUCUGGACCACCGUGGUGGACAUGAAGUGGCGCUACAAACUCACUCUGUUUGCCUCCACCUUUGUCACGACUUGGUUCAUCUUCGGGAUCUUUUUUUUCUUAAUCAGCAUGGGCAACGGAGACUUUGAGCCCGUUCUGAACGCCAACCACACGGCCUGCUUGGUGAACGUGGAGACCCUCACCGGAGCCUUCCUGUUCUCGCUGGAGUCUCAGACCACCAUCGGUUAUGGGUUCCGUUACAUCUCAGAAGAGUGCCCUCUGGCUAUCUUCACUCUGGUGGCUCAGCUCGUCAUCACCGGCCUGGCAGAGAUCUUCAUCACCGGGGCCUUCCUGGCCAAACUUGCUCGCCCCAAGAAACGGGCGGAGACCAUCAAGUUCAGCCAGUUUGCGGUGAUCUGCCGGUUACAGGGAAAGCUGUGUCUGAUGGUCAGAGUGGCCAACAUGAGGAAGAGCCUUCUGAUCCAGUGCCAGCUAACAGGAAAGCUCCUCCACUCCAAUAUGACAGAGGAAGGUGAGAAGACACAAAUCCACCAGAGCUCUGUGGACUUUCACAUGGACUCCAUUGCAGAGUGCCCCUUCCUCAUCCUUCCGCUCACCUUCUACCACGUUCUGGACGAGCACAGCCCGCUGGCAGGACUCAAUGCUGAAAACCUGCACACUCGUGAUUUUGAACUGCUGGUGACCCUCAAUGCCACCAUGGAGUCGACGGCCGCCACCUGCCAGAGCCGCACCUCCUACAUCCCUCAGGAGAUCCUCUGGGGUUACGAGUUCAAGCCGGUGCUGUUCAGCAGCACAGGCGGCUGUUAUGUGGCAGAUUUCAACUUUUUUGACAAGGUGCAAGGGAGCAACGAUGCAGCCUUCCUCAGUCACAACACAGAGAAGCUCAAACUGGGAGAGGGCUUUAAGAAAGAAUAAAGGAUGCAUGUGUUGUCAUUGUGUUGCUCCUGUUUGAUGUAACAGUGAUAUGUUAGUUUGGCCUUGACCAGUAUACGUUAUAGUAGUUAUUCCUAUGCAUGGUUCGGCUCGACUCGACUCACUUUUGGUACCAGGUGCUUUUCUCUAUUUCGUUUUCCACUGUGGAUUGAAACACCCCCCCCCCCACCCCCCCGUAGUGUAGGCGAGAUUCUCAACUGACAUCUUGUGCAUUCAUCAAAGUCAAAGUCGGAAUGUUUAGGUGCUGUUUAUUAACGAUGGAGUAUCAUGUUAACUUUCUAGUAGCAGUACACCAUUCAACACUAGCUAUUACCAAUUCGGCCACCAAAAUCUUUCCUGAGUUUCCGAGUUGUUGUUCUCACUUCAGUAGGUGUUUCCGUGAACAUGACCGAGGUGGUACCAGGAACUUUCCACAAACCAAAUAUAAAGAUUUGAGUCGAGUAGAGCCGUGCCGUACCAUGCAGUGGAAAUGCGGCAUUACUUAGUCAGUGUUUCUUCACGGAAAUGACCCAUUAUUCAAACACAUACUUAUUUUUUUUUUAUAAUUAUAAUUUAUAUACAGUUACUUUAACAUUAGAACCCCCAUCUCCCUUUGCCACCCUCCCUCCCUUCUUCCCCCUCACACAUAGGCCUAUAACAUCACCCUCUGUCUAAGUAAGUAAGGGUUAAUGCCCUUCGAGAUGUCCAUUGUCAGAUAUUAAUGGACGAUGGCAUGGCGCGAACUGUCUGUUGCGCAGCGGUUGGGAUGCCUCCGCCGAAGUUCAUUAAUACCUGACAUUGGACACCGUGAAGGGAAUUAAACCGCUUAUACCAUGGCCACUUGCCAAAUAACAUUUGUUUUUAACCAUUAUUUUAUAUUUUAAU